AUGGGCUACAUUGUUGUUAAAUUUCCAGUGUGCACGUUCACAGAUGUUCGAAACCAGGACAACUUGAGUAUUGCAUUUUCCCAGUGUUUGGCUGGGCUUCUCACCGUAGUUGUUCAGGAUCUGAAGCUGACUGUCACACAAGUCGAAUCCACAAUCGUUAAGGUGUCUGCCGGAAACUAUCCACAAUCCAAGGAAGAUGCUGCCGGCCCUGUGACUGUUUCAUUUGGCGAUCUUUACAGCAAAGAGGUACAUAAGGUCAUAGUGGAUCUUCUUCUCCCUGCUGCUAGUAGUCCGGCCCCCUCGGAUGUCCUCGACAUCACUUACACAUACAGCUCUGGUGGGAAAUUGUUUGAUGCCAAUCCGAUAAUUGUUACCGUAAGCCGCACCAGCAGGACAUCCGUGGAGCCGGAGAGGGCGGAGGUGAUGAUUGAGGAGAACCGUCUCCGGACAGCACAGAUGAAAAAAGAAUCAAGAGUCAUGGCUGACGACAAGAAGCUGGAUGGUGCUCUUGAGAAGCUCGCGGAAGCCCAAAGCUUGCUGGAGAACGUGGUUAAUGAUGAGUCUAACCCGUUGAUUAAGAUGCUGAAAUCUGAGCAGCAACAGAUGUCGAGGUUGACGAAAACACAUGAAAUCUACGAAAAGCAAGGGCGUCCUUUUGCACUCUCUUCUGAGACUUCCCAUGAUCGCCAGCGUUUCGCUGCAAGAGGUGAUGAUGUGGAAAAGGUGCGCAUGUUUACCACUCCGCGUAUGGAUGCAUACCUUGAGCAAGCCAAGUCAUUUGAAGAUCCCAGCAAGCCACUGCCCUCUGUGGAUGACGAUGAGAAGCAAGACCUCGCUGCCGAUCCCCUUGCAUGCGUGCUUUAAUUCCUUCGCCAUCCAUCUUUAAUUUACGAGGCAGACCAUUGCAUUGGGUUUUGCCUUUGCACUUCAAUAAAUUUCGUGUGUGAUUUACCCGUUGUUCAAAAGGUUUUUUCUUUUUUAAUUAGUCAUUUCACAGAUGGGCUACAUUGUUGUUAAAUUUCCAGUGUGUGAUUCGCCCGUUGCACUUCAAUAAAUUAUUAGUGUGUGAUUAGCCCGUGUUAAAUAAGUUUUUUUUAUUA